AAUUCCUGGUGCCGCCAGGGCCAGCCGGAAAUGGAAGGGGACAAAGUACCGAGCCGGCUGGGGCCGGAAAGUGGCUACGCAAGGCGCCACCAUUAGAGGUCGGGGCCGGAAGGAGAAGUAGGGCGCCGCCAUGACGGGUUGAGCCUAAAGGGAACGGGGCUGCCUGUCUGCUCUGCGACCGGGAAAAUACGAGGCAAGGAGGGCUGGGCUGGGCGCCGCCAUGACAACCUGAUACCGGAAAAGGCGGGGCUAUUCUCCCUCAUUGAUCCUCCUCCGGCAUCGGCCUCAAGAUGCAGGCAGCCCUGGAGAUCACUGCUCGCUACUGUGGCCGGGAGCUGGAGCAGUAUGGCCAGUGUGUGGCAGCCAAGCCUGAGUCAUGGCAACGAGACUGUCACCACCUUAAGAUGAGCAUUGCUCAGUGCACGUCCGCCCACCCAGUCAUCCGGCAGAUCCGCCAGGCCUGUGCGGAGCCUUUUGAGGCCUUUGAGGAAUGUCUUAGACAGAACGAGGCAGCCGUGGGCAACUGCGCAGAACAUGUGCGCCGCUUCCUGCAGUGUGCUGAGCAGGUGCAGCCGACACACACACCCUCUACCGCAGAGGCACAGCCACUUCCUGCCUCCUGAGGACCCUUCAGACCGUAGGAGAACUGGACAUGAGUGACUGCACUUGAUGCCUCCACCCCUGAAGAAUGGCCAGGUGGCGUCCUGAGGGCUGUGGACAUGGGCCUGGCUUCCCUGGACAUCAAGACUCACAAUAAAUAAAGACUAUACCAGG